CACCUAACAGCGCAGAAAAAGAAAUAAUAACUCGCGUCAUCGUCCUUGAUUUUCCUUCCUAACCUCCCAGUCAAAUACAUCUGUUAUUUAACCUCCCUUUGGAACCCAGGAUUCAUUAAACACACCAGAAGCUCGUGUGAUCAAAGCCCAACCCCAUGGGUAAGGUUAAGAGAAUCUGCCACCUCGUGUUAAGGUUCUUGGCUUUUGGAGCCACUCUUUCAUCGGUCAUUGUCAUGGCUACUAGCCGCGAGAGAGCUGGCUUUUUCCCUUUCUAUCUUGAUGCCAAGUACACCAACACACCUGCCUUCAAGUACUUUGUGAUUGCAUACUCUGUAGUGACUGUGUAUGGAUUCUUCGUCAUGUUUCUUCCCCCAAAAAGUCUGCUCUGGCGGUUCGUCGUUGCUUUGGAUUUGGUGUUUACGAUGCUGCUGAUAUCAAGUGAAUCGGCAGCAGUGGCAAUAGCGUAUGUGGGGAAGAAAGGGAACGGAUAUGCAGGGUGGUUACCGAUAUGCGGUCAAGUUCAAAGUUACUGUGAUCAUGUCGCCGGAGCUUUGGUGGCCGGGAUUGCCGCUGUCAUUAUAUAUUUGGUUCUCCUUUUUUACUCCAUUCACACCGUUCUCGACCCUCUUCUUUUGACCAAACACGGAGGUUGUCCUCGUUCUUGAUCAACUAGGUUUAUUAGAUGCAAGAGCUGUUCAAGUUAUUUCAUUUGUGUUUCUGCGUCCUUUCUUGUAGUCUUGUCUCUUCUUUGACUUCAACCCCUUUCUUGGAUUUGAGGGCAGCCUCGUAUUCAUGUUUUCCCACUUAGGACAGUCCUCUCGAGUAUAAUUGACUGGAAUUAAUUAGACACGCAUGCGCGCACAUACGUAUGUGUUUGCUUGUUUUUA